AUGGACAAAAGCCAAGUCACUCGAGAGCGUCGCUCGAUUGAUCAGACAACCGCAACGGAAAAUCGGGUUGAUCGUCGUGCAGCUGGUCGUUCAGGCCCCGAUCGCAAUGGCAGUGGGGCGGCCGAGGGCCAGUCAGCACCAACUGCCCAACGAAAAGAGAGGAGCUUGAGCCCGUACAGCAAGCGUCUGGCUCUUACCCAGGCCAUGAACGUUGCUCGCUGA